AUGAAUCCAAAUCGAGAAGCAAAAAGGAAUUAAUCUUAUAGAACAAAAAAGUAAUAUUAUAAGACUAAUAUAAUUUAGAAAAGAUUCACGCUCUAAUGCGCCUACAUUUGAAAAUCUUUAGGCAAAAAUUAGAGAUUUUUCUUAUAAUAGAAUGCAUAAUGCAGUAUGUAAUUAACCACAAAGAAGUGAAUCUACACAUUGUUAACUUCAACGUUAAGAUCUUUAAUAAAUGUAUAAUAAUUUUAUAUCAAAGCAUUAAACAAAUGCUUGAUAAUGGAACUAAAUCGUUUAAUAGUGACUAUAAAUUGAGAGAAUUUCCUUAUUCUCCUACAAUUUAAUCACCUAAUUAAAUAGUUUAGUCACCUAAAUAAUUUGAAUUCAGUCAUGAAAAGUAGCCUUUUUAAAAUCAUACAGAACCAUUCAAAUUUGAAACAUUUGGAUUGCAUUCUGAUUAAAAUAAAAAGAAAGAUGAUAAUAUUUAUUCUGAUGAUUCAUAUUCUAAUGAAAUGGCAAAAUUAAAAAAAUAAUUGGAACCAAUAUCAAAUGUUAGUAGAAAUUAAUUAACAGAAUUAGUCAGAAUUGCUUAAGCUACAUCAAAUGAUAAAAAAAAAAGUAAUAUUUUAUAAUACAUAGUGUAAUAAAAUAAUUAUAGGCUUUAAUGUUAAAUGGAAUGUGAAGACUCUUAUUAAGAAUUUGAUUCUAAGAUUAUUGAAUUACAACAAAAAUUAAAAUAUACUAAUGAUUAAUGUAAUUAAUUAAAAUUUGAUAAUAAAAAUCUCAAUAAUUAAUUAAAAGAAUAAUAAAAAUAAUUACUAAAUUAUCAAUAAAAACUAAAAGAAUAAGAUUAAGAUUUUACUUAUUUAUAAAAAUAAAUUGAAGAUAUUAAUGAAAUUAAUACUAGAUUAACCAAUUAAAAUGAUGAAUUGUAAUAAGAAAUACAAGAAUAAUAAGAACUUUUUAUUAAUUAAAAACAUAAUAAUGAUUUAAAUGAAUUAAACCUUUAAAAUAGAAUAAGAAAUUAUGAAAUUGAAAAAUAAAAACACAAAGAUGAUUAAUAAAAAAUCUAAUCUCUUCUUACUAAAGAAAGAGAGGAAUCAUCAUUAAAGGAUGAAAAACUUCAUGAUUAAUAAAUUAAAAUAGAUUCUUUGAAAAAUUAGAUAAAAGAUUUAACAAUAUAAUAAAACUAAAAUUUAUAAAAAAUUAAGGAUUUAACAAAUUCAAUAAAUUAAAUAACUUAAGAAAAAUAAGAUUAAUUUGAUAAUUUUUUAGAAAUUAAAUAAACCUUAUUAAAUUAGAUUAAUUAAUAGGAAUAAGAUUAUUAAUCACAUUUAGCAUAAUUAGAUACUUUGAAAUAAUAAGAAUAAUAUAAAUAAGAAAUACAAUAAUUAAAAAACUAGAUUAAAUUUAUACAGGAAGAAUCAAAUAAACUUUAAAAAGACAAAGAAUAAUUAUAAUUAUAAAAUGGAAAUCUAACAUCUUAAGUUGUUUAAUUAUUGUAAUAAACUGAAGAUUAUCAAAUUAAAAUUUAGGAACUUGUUACUGAAAUUAAAAAAUAAUAGUUAUCCUAAUAAGAAUAAUAAUCUAAGGCAAAAUAUAAUUUAGAUUAAAUAGAAAAUUAUAAAAUAUAAAUUACUAAUUUAGAAAAUUCUUUAAAUUAGUAAAAGAAUAUUGUUAAUCAACUGAAUCAGCAAAAUACAUAAAUUUAGCUUAAAUUAGAAGAUACAAAUAAAGUUAAUAAUUAAUUGUAAGAGGAUUACUAAAAAAAUAAAAGUUAAAAUAAAAUUUUAGAAGAGGAAAAACAAAAUCUUAUUUAAAAAUUAGAAUAAUUAGAAACAAAAAAUGAAUCAUAUUAACAAUAAGUUCUAUCUUAAAAUUCUCAAAUAAAUGAAUUAAAAGAUUAUAUAAAUUUAUAGAAAUAAGAAUUUGACUAAAUUUAAGAUGAUUUAUUAAUCUAAAUUGAAAAAGAUAAAUAAAUGUCUAAUAAUUAAAUAAAAUAAUAUGAAAAUUCGAUAUUUGAUUCAUAAAACGAAAUUGAAAGAUUAAAAAAUUAAAUUAAUAAUUAAAAUGAAUUAAUUGAUAAUUUAAAUGAUAAGAUUUCCGAAAAUAAUAAUGUUAUAAUAUCUUUAAAAGAAGUUAUAGAUAGUAAUUAAUAAAAUUUUGAUGAAAUGAAUGAUCAAUUAAAUGAUUAUGAAAAUUAGAAUGAGUAAUUAAACGAAAAAAUUGAUAGUCUUAUAUUGGAAAUUUCAGAGCAAUAAAAAAUUAUUGCUAAACAAUAAGAGAAAGAAAAAUCUUAUAAUUAAAUUAACGAUUAGUUUACUUCAUUAUAAAUUUAAUAUUAACAUUAAAAUGAACAAUUAAUAGAAGCAUAGGAUGGUCUAUAACAGAGAAAUUAAUCUAUUAAAGAAUUAUAAAAUCAAUAACAAUAAAACAUUGAUUUUAUUCAGGAAUUAAAAUAAUUAUUAAAUGUUUCAAAUGCAUAAAUAAGUUAAUUACAAAUUUAAAUUCAGAAUACAGAGGAAAUCUUAACUAAAGAAAAUGAAUAACUUGAUUCUGCAAAAUCAGAAUUAAUUUCUUAAAAAAAAGAAAAUUUAUAAUUAAAAUAAGCUUUAUAAAUAGCUAAUGAUCAAGGUGAUGAGCUUUAGAAUAAUAUUAAUAUUUCUGAAAAUGAAAAUUUAAUUCUUAAAUAAAAAUUAAAAAGUUGUGAAGAAUAAAUAAAUGAAGAAAAAAACUUAAAUCAAAUUUUGAAAGAAGAAAAUGAAUUGUUACAAGAAAAUUUGUAAAAUUAAAAUAAUAUUUAAGUAAAUUAAAAAUCUUAAAUUGAAGAUUAAUUAAAUUAAAUUUAAUAAUUAAAAAUAGAGAUAGAAUAGAUAGGAAAUUAAAAUUAACAACAAAUUGAAGAAAACUUAAAUUUACAAAAAGAGAUAAGGUAAAUAAAUUUCAGAAUUGAAACUUUAGAAUAAUAAUUGGAUGAUUAAUUAAUAUAAUGUAAAAAGCAAUAAGAUAGUUUAGAUUUAGCUUAAAUAUAAUAUUAGGAAUUACAAUCAAAAUAUUAGAAUUUAAUUUAGGAAAAUUAAUGUUUAAGAGAGAAAUUUGCAGAAUAUGAAUAAAUUCUCUCAAAAAUAGAACAUGCUUAAUAGGACAAUAACUUAAUUUAAGAUGAGAUAAAUUAAUUAGUUAAUAUCUAAUCUUAAACUUAACCAGAACAAGAUAAAUUUGAAGAAAAAUCAAAUGAUGAAGAAUUAGAUAAACAAGAUGAAGACUUUAUAAUAAAAUAAACUGAUUCUGAUUAAGAAAAUACAUUUUUGAAAAUUGAAAUAUAAAAAUUAAAUGAAACUAUAUAAUAACUACAAGAUUAGAUAAUGACUUUUAAAAAUAAUGAAAAUUUAAAAAAUAGAUUAUAAAAUUUUGUUGAAAAGGAACAAGAUUAAUAAACUUUUUAAAAGAAUAUAAAAGAAUAAACAAAUGAAAAUUUGUUAGAUAUGAAUGAUUAAUUUGAUUAACCAUUUGUAGAUUUUUAAGAAGAAUAAAUUCAUAAUAAUAUGAUUGAAUUGAAAAGUGGAAAUUAAAUAAUUAACUCUGAUUAAGUAAAUUAGAAUGAAGAAUUACUUAUAAUGAUUCAAAAUUUAUAAUAAAAGGUUAAAAAUUAAGAAUAAAAAAUUAAUUAGCUGAUUUUAGAGAAUUAAGAUUAAUACUAAAAGAUUGAAGAUCUUGAUGUAAUUUAAGAAUCUUAACGAAAAAUUGAAAUAGACUAAAAUAAUUGUAUUAAAAUUUAAAAAGAAACAAUUUAAAAGGAAAAAUAAAAGGUGAUAGAAUUAGAAAAAUAUUUAGUUUAAUUAAAAAAUGAUAUUUAAGAUACAAGUAUAAUCAAUUUGAAUUAAUAAGAAUAAAUCGAAAAAUUAAAAUAAGAAUAUGAAAAUAUAGAUUCCAAAGUUUAAGAAGAAAUUUCUAAAAAUAAAAUUUAUUGCGAAGAAAUUGAAAAAUUAAAUUUACAAAAAGAAGAAUUAAACUCAAAAUUGAAUUAAAAAAAUGAAGAAUCAUAAUUUCUAGAGCAAAAAUUAAUUUAUUAUGAUCAAAUGUGUUAGGAAAAUGAAAGCAAAUAAUAAAUUAUAGAUCUUUUAGAGAAAAAAAAUCUUGAAUAUUAAUAAGAAAAUACUAAACUCAAUUAAGAAAUCGAAAAUCUUAGGAAAUAAUUAUAGAUUGUUGAUUCAACAAAAAAUAAAAUACAAUAAAAUUUAAAUGAUUUAGAAAAUCAUGAAAACUUAUUAUAAUAAGAAUUAAUAGAAUUAAAAUAAAAUUUUUAAGUUUCUUAAGAAGAAAAUUAAAUUUAAAUAAAAAAUUUAUAAGAUUAAUGUUUAGAAUUGUAAAAUUAGAAAGUUAAAUUAGAAUUAUAAUAAACUUUUGAAAACUAAGAAAAAUAAUAACAUUUAGAAGAAAUUUAUUAAAAAAAUAAUGAAUUAAACUAAUAAAUUCUUUCUCAAUAAUAAUAAAUUAAUUAAUUAGAAAAAACUAUCAUUGAAUAAUUAAGUAAAAUAUAAUAACUUGAUAAUUCUAAUGAUUAAUUAUUAGAUGUAGAAUAAAAAUAAAAACAAGAAUUAAAUAGUUUAAAAUAGUAAUAUGAAUAAUUAUUAGAAGUUCAUAAUUAAUUAAUAGAAAAAGAACAAUAAUCUUUAUUAGUUGCUGCUAAACUUUAAUAAGAUAAUAAUGAAUUAAAGAACUUAAAUAAAGAAUCAUCCUAAUAAAAUCAUUUUCUAGAUGAGAAGAUUAUAAAAUUAGAAUAAAUUAAUGAAUAAAUUGUUGAAUAAUAAAAUAUCAGCUUCUAAAAGUAAGAAAGUGAAUUUAAAUAAUUAUAUUUAGAAGAAUAACAAAUAAAUUUAAGACUAGGUAAUUAAAUAAAUGAAUUUACUCAACGUAUUGAAUUAUAAUAAAAAAUUAAUGAUGAUUUAGAAUAAAAAUUAAACGAUUUCGAAUCAUAAUUUAUAAUACUUUAAGAAAAAUGUAAAAAUUAAUAAAAAAAUAAUGAAGAAUUGUAAUAAAAAUAGAUUACCUAAGAAUAAAAUAAUGAAAUUCUUAAGUCUAUAAAUGAAAAUCAAGCACAAUAAAUUACAGAUAUAAAUAAUGCUCAAUAGUUAAAUUUACAAAACCUUUAUAAUUAAACUUUAAAAAUAAAUUAGCUUCAACAAAAAUUUGACAAAUUUAGUCAAAAACUUUUAAAUAAUUUACCAAAAUUAAAACAAAAAAUGUUUGUGUAAUAAGAUCUUUUAGAAAUUGCUAAAAAUUAAUCAAGCAAUUAAGUCUAAGAAUUAACUCAAAAAUUAUUAGAAAAAUAAGAAUAAUAAAAUUAAAUGAAUAAUACACUUUUCCAAAAUGAAAAUGAGAUUAAAAAAUUAAGAAAUCUACUUGAAGAAUAAGAGAUGGAAAAAAAUAAAAUAACAGAAAAACUUGCUAAUCAACUAAAUUAAAAUUAAGAAAUAAAUUCAGAAAUCUAAAUCUUAUAAAAUUAAAUUGAAGAAUAAAGAAUAUAAUUGAAAUAAAUCGAAAAUAAUACAUAAGACCAAUUAUUAAAAUACAACAUAGAUGCUCAAAAAAAAUAAGAGGAAAAUUUAGAAAUAAUAAAACAAAACUAAAAUUUAAAGUAGGAGAUAAAUAAGAAAGAUGAAUAAAUUUCAAAUUUAGAAAUAUAAAUUUCAUAAUAAUAUAUCUAAACUUAAAGUUAACUAGAAGAAUUUAUAUUAAAAUAAAAUGAUGAAUUAAAAAUUAUUGAAGCUUCAAUAUUUGAACAAUAAAAUAAUUUUGUAAAUAAUAUUAUGCUUAAAUUAUCAUAAAUUACUAAAAGGUAAGAUUAAAUUCAAGAUAAAUAUUAAGAUUAUCUUAAACAUCUUAUUAAUGAAUUUAGAAAAAAAUAAGAAAUAAAUAAGAAGUUAAGUAUUGAUUUUAAAUAAAUUAAAAAUUAAUUGUAAUUAAUAGUAGAUGAAAAUUAGAUUUAAUAAAAUUCUUUUAAUUAAGAGAUUUAAAAAUUGUAGGAUAAUCUUUAAAAUGAGAGAAGAGCAAAAGAAGAUUUAAAUUCUUAAUUAAUUGAAAUUUAGUAAUAAAUUAAUGAAUUAGGAAAUACUAUAGAUUCAAAAAAUGUAGAAAUAAACUCUCUAAAAAGUAUAAAUGAUAAAUUAAACUUAUAAUUCUUAAAUGAUAAAUAAGUAUUAACAAAUGACUUAAAUAUUAUUUAAGAUUAAAAUGCCUAAUUUAGACAUGAAAUAUAAUGUUUAUAAGUUUAAAUUAAUAAUUUGAGGGAAAAUAUUUUGGUUAAGGAUUAAGAAGUUCAAGAAUUGUAAUAGAAAUUAGAAAAUUAAGAAUUAGAGAUUGGUUAAAGAACUAAAGAAAAUUUAUAAUUAUAGAAUAAAUUAGAAGAAUAAAGUUUGAAUAAUUUGAAAUAAUAAUAGGAUAAUUAAGCAAAUAUGGAAAAAAUCAAUAUAAAUCUUUAAAAUAAAGUAGAAGAAUUAAAACGAAUUUAAUCCAUAAAUGAGUAAUAAUAAAUAAGUUUAAAAGAAUUUGAUAAUUAAAUUGUGAUUUUGAAAGAGGAAUUUAAAAAUUAAUUAGAGAAUUAAAAUUUGAAAAAUUAGAAUUUAAAAUCAUUAAAUGAAGAAAAAGAUAUUUUGAUCCAAUCUCAAACAAAUGAGUUAAAUGAUUUAGGUUAAUAGAUUAAUAAAUAUGAAGAAGAAUAAAAUAAUAAUAGAUAACAUAUUUAAAAAUAAUAGUAAGAGAUAGAAAAUUUAAAAAAACAAAUAGAAGAUUUCAACAAAGAUGAAGAAUUUACAAAAUUGGAGUUUGAAUAAAAAUUAUAAAUCUAAAAUUUAGAAUAAUUACCAUAAAAUAACGAUAUAUAAGGGGAAGAAAUUAUGAGAUUAAAGAAACUAAUUGAUGAAAAGGAUAAGCAUAUUGAAUAAUAGAAAUAAAAUAUAAUUGAUUUAAGGGAAGGUAAAUAGAAUAAAUCAGUUAUUAGUAAUAGAUCAAAAAGAAGUUUGAAUUAAAUAUAAUUUGAUUAGUUUGAUGAUAUUGAAAUAAAUAGUUAAAAUUCAGCAGAUGAAGAUGAACAAAUUUUAGAAUAAAUAUAAUAAUAGAGAAGAUAUAUUAAUGAAAUAGAUUAAGAAUAAUUAAAUUAAGAAAAGGCAAUUUCAUCAAAAUUGAGAGAAGAAAAUUAAAUAUUAAGAACAAAACUUGAGGGUUAAGAAUAAGAAUUAAUUAUCAAUAAUUAAACAAUAUUUGAUCAUGAACAAACUAUUUCUAAUUUAAAAAUGGAACUAUAGGAACUAAAAGAUAAAAUAGAAAAUCAUGAAAACAAAUAUUUAGAAAAAUAGAUGAAUAAAUCCAUAUUAAGUAAUAGAUCAAAGAGAAGUUAAAAUUGUGCAUAAUUUGAUUAAUUUUUAGAUUUAGAAUAAAUUAGUCAUCAUUCAGAUGAUGAUAAUUCAGAAUAAUAAUACUUUUUUGAAUAAAAAAUUUAAAAAGAUUUAUAAAAACUAAAAGAAGAAAAUGAAAUUUUAAAGAAGAAUUUUAAGGAUUUAUAAGAGGAAAAUCAAAUAACUAAUUCAAAAGUGAUUGAUCAUGAGUAAACAAUAUAAAAUUUAUAAGCUGAAUUAUUAGAAAAAAAAGAAAAAAUAGAAAAUUAUGAGAAUAAAUAUCUUGAAAAUUAAAUGAAUAAAUCAAUAUUAAGUAAUAGAUCAAAGAGAAGCUAAAAUUAAUGUCAAUUUGAUUAAUUCUAAGAUUGUGAAGAUGAUGAAUAAAAUCUUUCAGAUAAUGAUUCUUUACAAUAAUAAAGGUAUAUAGAGUAAAUAAAUUAAUUUCGUUUUAAGGAAUAAGAGUUGAACAAAAAAAUAAAUGAACUACAAGAAGAAAUUAAAUCAUUAAAAGAAUAAAAUCAGUAAAAUAAUAUUAAUUAUAUUAUAGAUCUCUUUAAGAUUUCAUUAAUCGAGGAGGAACUCCUAGUCCAAUAUAAAAUAGAGAAUCAGAUCCUAACAAAUAUUCAAAAAUAAUACAAGAGAGGGAAAAACAAAUAUAAGAUUUAAAAAAUUAAUUAUCUGAGAAAGAUUAGACAAUCAAUCAUAAUAAAUCUAAAAAUUAAUUUUUAUUUGAAAAUUACUAAAAUGAAGAAAACUAAAUUGUAGAUGAUUUAGAAAAAGACUUAUAAUUAAAAUAAUAGGCAAGUAUUGAUUUAAAAAAUGAUCAGGAUGAACAUAUAAUAUAUAUUGAAAGUCUAAAUAGUGAUUUACUCACAAAAGUCAAUGAUUUGGAGAAAGAAAAUAAGUAUAUAUAUCAAAUUAAAAUUAUAGAACCUAUUCAAACCUAAUAGAUUAAUUAUAGUAAGAUAAAUAGAAGUUGGAACAAUUCAUUUCUAAUUUAUAGAAUACUGUGUUAGAGUUAGAAAGGUAAUGUAUUAAUUUAAGUAUUAGCUAAAAUAAAGAAUUAAUAUAAUAGUUGUAAGAAUAAAAGAGAGCUGAAGAAUCUUAAUAAAAAAUAUCAUCUGAUUAGAGAAGAUAAAUGGAAGAUUAAUAAAAAGUAUUUUAGUAGAGUCAGCAACAAAAGAUUGAUUAAUCUUAAGACUUGAUCACCUUAAAAAAUUAAUAUGAAUAAUUAAAAGGAUUGUGUUAAUAGUUCUUCUAAGCAAUUUAAAAUAAGUAAAUACAAUACAUAAAUAUUUUAGAACUCCUGAGAUUGCUGAAUCCAUUUUAAGUGUAAUUUUAAGCAUGAUAGAAAUGCAAGAUAAACAAAAUAUAUGUUAAGAAUUAUUUUCUAAGUCAGAUGAGAAGAAGGAUAAAAAAAAUACAAAUAAGAGUAAAGGAAUAAAAGGAUGGCUAGAUAAAUUUUGA